AUGUUUGGUAAUUUCAAGCAGUUCAUAAGGCAUGGCAAGCAGGCCAAUUUGUACCAGGAUCCAGGUGCAACCCCGGAAGCCAGCUUAGCCACGCCGGAAGAGGGGCAACGACAUGACAAGAAGGAUCAGUAUUCGAAGAUGGCGACGGAUAUUGUGCGGGAGGAAAACGAGGAACGCAAAAGGAAACAGCAGUAUGCGAAUUUAGAUCGAUAUGCUUUGAUGGAGAAACUCGGAGAAGGCGCUUUUUCGGUGGUUCACAAGGCCCGGGAUUUGCAGACUGGUGAAUUGGUUGCUGUGAAGGUAAUCAAGAAGUUCCAAUUGGACGAAAAACAGCAGGCCGCGGUUUUGAAGGAGGUGACUAUAUUGCGGCAGAUGGAUCAUCCCAACAUUGUGAAGUUUCUGAACUUUAUAGAGUGCGACGAGCACUACUACAUAGUCCAGGAGCUGGUGUCUGGAGGUGAGAUCUUCGCGGAGAUCGUGAAGUUUACGUAUUUAAGUGAGGAUCUCUCUAGGCACAUCAUUAUCCAAGUGGCACGUGCUAUAAGGUAUUUGCAUGAGGAGGUUGGUGUUGUUCAUAGAGACAUUAAGCCAGAGAACAUGCUUUUCGAGCCAAUCGACCUGGUACCUUCCAAACACGGCGCAAAGUUACGGGCUAGUGAUGAUCCAAACACGAAACUAGACGAAGGUCAGAUGCAAUAUGGUGUUGGUGGUGGUGGAAUUGGUGUCGUGAAGCUGGCUGACUUCGGGCUUUCGAAGCAGAUCUGGGAGAGCAACACCAAAACACCGUGCGGGACUGUUGGCUAUACCGCACCUGAGAUUGUGAGAGAUGAACGGUAUUCGAAGGAAGUGGAUAUGUGGGCUAUUGGCUGUGUUUUGUACACACUUCUCUGUGGAUUUCCGCCAUUUUACGAUGAACGUAUAGAGACUUUAACCGAGAAAGUUGCCCGUGCCCAGUACACGUUUUUGUCACCAUGGUGGGACGAGAUCUCUAUCGGUGCAAAGAAAUGUGUCAGGAACCUUUUGACACUGGAUCCACGCAAACGAUACACUAUUGACGAUUUUUUGAAUGACCCGUGGAUCUUAGAGUUCGACGCGAAAUAUGCUGCUUCAGCUGCUCCAGCUGCUCCAGUGGUGCCGAUGGCAGCCCCAGCAACUACCGUGGUAAAUCACCAGCCUGUUGCGGCCACUAUGAGCGUUCCGCAUCCAGUCGAGACUAUCCAGCGGUUUUCUUCUCAUUUGGGUUCUGACGGAUCCGAAUUCCAGCCACCAGCCUACACUAGCAAUCGUGUCAGUCCGGCGCUUUAUUCCCCUGCAGCGCUUGCCCUUCGUGAUGCUUUUGACAUAUCUGCAGCAGUGCAUCGUAUGGGUGAAGAAGCUGCUCUUCCGGGAAAUUCAGCUGCCUACAAACGUGGUGGGAAGCUCGAUAUGCUUUCGGAAGAAGACAGUUUCGACGAAGAGAGAGAAGUCGAACAUUUCGAAGGGGCUUUGCGUCAACCAAGACCACUGGAAGUGGAGACAGACAGUGGCCGUGUGACUCAACAAGAGGGGGUUAUGUCGCCGGUUCGCUUAGCAUCCAAGCCGUUUGAUUUGAACCUAAAGACAGCUACGAUUCUAGAGAGGCGGAAGAAUAAAGCACCGCCGCUUGUGUUUUAG